CAACGAGUCCAUCAUGUUCAUUGCUGGUCUUCGCUCGGCUUCGGCUGCCGUAUUAACUACCUUGUCUUCGGGUGUCUUUGGUGUUCAGCCUUCUCGUAACAUGGCUACUCUUAAAGAGAUUUCCAUGCGUCUCAAGUCUAUCCAAAGUAUUGGAAAGAUCACAAAGUCCAUGAAGAUGAUUGCUUCCACCAAAGUCACUCGUGCUCAGAGAAUCAUGGGGCAAGCUCGUAUUUAUGGUGGUGCUGCCACGGAUAUGCUCAAGCAUGUUGAUGUACCCGCUACAAAGGGUGAUGAUGCACUUGUUAUCACUGUUUCUUCUGAUCGUGGUCUUUGCGGUGGUAUUCAUUCGUCCGUUUCCAAAGCUACCAAGAGUUUUAUUGCUCAAAAUCCCAAAGCAUCCAACGCUAUUCUUGGUCUUAGGGCUCGUACUCAGAUUGCUCGCGAGUAUCGCGAAAACAUUCUGAUCUCCAUUGACGGUGUGACCAAAAACAUUCCCACUUGGUACGAGGCUGCUCUGAUUGGCGACAUUGUUCUUGCUGAAAAACCUACAUUUGACUCUGCUUCCAUUAUCUACAACCACUUCAAGUCCUUGAUUGCCUACGAUGCCACCAUCAUCUCCGUUCCCAGUGCCAAGAGUCUUGCUGCUGCUCCCAAGCUUGCUGCUUACGAGUUUGAGGAUGAGCUCCUCAAAAACUACGAAGAAUUCACCAUGGCAAACUCUCUCUACUGGGCUAUGGCUGAAGGAUAUGCUUCCGAAAUGUCUGCAAAACGAACUGCUAUGGAAAAUGCUACCAAGAACGCUGGAGAAAUGAUCCAAAAGCUUACUCUUACCUAUAACCGUUCUCGUCAAGCUACCAUUACAAACGAACUUAUCGACAUUAUUACUGGAGCCAGUGCCAUGUAGAUGUGGUUUGGGGUUUCCGUUAUAUCGACGCCUUUGUUUUUCAGUGCCUUUUAAGACCAUCUUAAUGAAAAUCAGCAAGAUAUCUUAUCCAAACCU